GCACGGAGUACGCAUGAUCUUUAAUUCACCAUCUAGACAAGGGGGAACAACACCACCAGCACCACCCAAAAGGACUUAUUUUCAUUACCAAGCUCGCCAUAACCGACUAUAGGGGACUCAGUGACUUCAUACUUACCAGCCAUGGGUGUCUCCUACUUCCUCUAUCUGAGCUGCCUUGGCCUCGCCAUUACUGCUCAAGUUCAAGACUGUACCCGACCUGUUGGAGGUCCUAACACGGUUUUGACAGACAAUCGUGCAACAUACCCAACUGGGACCACAGUUACUUUUGAAUGUGAAACUGGCUACAUAACAGCUGGAGGGAAUCCAAGGAUUACUUGUACAGCUGGCACUUGGAGUCCUUUGAGCCUGAAAUGCGAGAGAAUAGAAAUUACAACUAAACCUACUCCUCGUACCACCUCCACCACCACCACAACCAAACGUCCUAUUACCACAAAGAAGCCAACCGAUCCUGGCACAACUCCAGAUCCUAACAACAAUGGAAAUCAUGUGGUGAGGAACACGCUUAUUGUUUUAGGAGUAACGGGAGCAGUCAUGUUGGUCCAGCAUUUCGGGCUGUGAAAGAAGCUUGUUGAAAAGAAGGGACAUCGCUGGUUCACACAAGUCUUUGAAUGUACUUGUACCCUUUGAGUGGUUCAUCUGAGUAGCUGACAAUUAUUUAAACCUUUUACAGGCCACUAAGUGAAGUGACGUUUGAAAAGCCUUCACAUUAUCAACAGUUUUUCUGUAAUUAUGAAGGAAUGGCAUAAAUGAGAAGCUUCAACUUUUGAUUUGUAAAUGUAUGCACUAUAGCUCAGAGCCUGGUCAUGUAUGGGUCAAUCAACACCUGCAUCUGAAUUACACAAAAAUGGUAAAAAAAAAAAAACAAACUGGAAUUAUUAACCUUGGAUAUAGCCGCUAUUACAUUUAUUAUUUUAUUUUUCAUUCAUAAACAUUCACAAAUCAAGGUUAAAUAGUGUUAUUUUGAUGCUUAAGAACAACUCGUCCUCUUACUAUUGACUCACUAUCACUGCACUAUCAAUGUAUCUGAAAUGAUAAAUUCCUCCAAAAAUGAAUAUAGUAGAUGAAGUAGAGAGGAUAUAUUGCCAAUAAACCAAGUCUCCACUCUUCAGAUUCAGUUUUCACCACUAUAAAGUGACUGUGGUAUGUAUGUAAAAUAAACCUCUCGCAAAGUGCCUGGAAAAAAAAAGGCAUGUUCCUUAUGCCUUAAUGUGAAGAUUCAAGUGUUUUAGCUUGUGUGUCAAUUGUGUCUUUAUUUCAGUAAUGCAUAAAUGUUAGCCUUGUUUGGGUCAGUUAAGACCAGUUCAGAUAUAUUUUUUUAAUAAGAAAUAAUUGGCACUAAUGUUUUGGUUUUUGUGCCCAGUUUCAAAGACAGAAAGUCUUAAUUUUGUUUGUUGUUGAGAUUAUUCUUCCAGAGCAUCAGGCAGUCCACAUAAAGAUGAUUAAUUUAGUAUUAAGACAGAUAUUGUGUCUUUGGUUACAUAAAGAUGUUUAUAGACUGAUCUCUGAGAUUUUUGCACUUGCCUGGCUUUUUAAUUGUAUUUAUUAAAAUAAAAUGUGUGUAAGAACAUCUCAUAACAUUUCUUGUAUUGUUUAUGGAAACAUUGCAAAUUCACCAUAUUUUCUAAUCAAUGAAAUAAAACAAUAAAAAGACUCAUCAGUGUC